CCGACCUUCCCUCUUAUAAGCAGAAGAUGAACUAAUGGUGAAGUGCAAUUCAGAACUUUCCAGUGAGGGUGUUUCUCCAAAAUCCAAAAACCCUAUUGGCAAGAUGAAGGUGCAAGUUCGAAAAGUCAAAAUGGGCUUGGACCCUCCUACUGGCUGUAGCAUGUCAUCAUUAAUCACGGACAAAGUUAAAAUGGAAUCUGUAAGACAUCAUUUCUCCAAUUUGCAAUCAUCACUAUCUGCUGGAUGGCAAGCUCUCAGAAGAAUUAGAUUUGUACCACGUUUGCCUGCAAAUGGUUCCUUGGCACGACAAAGCUUGGCUUAUGUGCAUGCUAGCACCCACUACAUACAGCAGGUAAGGAAUAACUCAUCUUAUGAAGUUGUUCAAGGUAUGUGA